AGGCCAAGGGACUUUUCCUUUGUAAAUUCUGUAUUUUAAAUUAACAAACUUGAAAAUACAUUAUUUAUUUUUCUGAUUAUUUUCCUAUUGUUCUGCAAUGGCUAUAAAGUCACUUGUAACAAGAAGACAGUUAAAUGUAAAUAAUUAAGAAUCAGAACUGAGGGAAAAAAGAUAUCAUAUAGUUAACAAUAGUGCUUUAAUAUUUCAGUAUAGCCAGAAGAGAUGAUUUUGAAUGUUUCAUCACAAUGAAAUGAUGUAUGUUUAAGGUGGUAGAUAUGCUAAUUACCCUGGAUUGAUUAUUACACAAUAUAUACACAAAUGAAAACAUUCAAUUGUACCCCAUAAAUUUGUACAAGUAUUACAUGUCAAUUUUAAAAAUUAAAAGAGACAUGAGAAGGCAUAUUCAUAUAGAUAAAAGCAUAGUAUGCAGAACAUAAAGUCUGAAGAGUUGUUAUUACUAAGAUUUAAAGUUUUUCUUCGAGGGUGAGGCAUGUAGCUUAGUGGUAGAGGGCUUGCCUAGCAUACAAAUGGCCCUAACUUCUGCAAAAACAAAAAACAAGCUCCAGUGUCACAAUUAUUUUUGAGUUUUCUAGCAGACCCAGUUACAAGGGAAGUUGGAAGUAAAAUAAUUCAAUUUUGAUAAUAUGUAUUUUAGAUUUGAUAAUAUUUUUGUAUGAGGGAUAAGACUUUAGGUAAACAUUAACUCUUUUUCCAACAGGUUUUUUAAAUAAGUGAACUCUCUUUUUCUCUAAGUACUUAGAUAAGUGAAAUAAUAAUUUUAUAAUUCUAAUUGAGCCAUAGAAAGAAUUUAAAAUUGAUGUUAUUCAAGAAACAAAGUGCCAUUUCCACAUAUAUUUGAUUUCAAUACAACUUAAAAUCUGAACGUUCCAUAAAAAUCACUUUGGAAUUGUUUAGGAAAAAGUAAGGUAAAACAUGAAAAUUCUGGGGUGAUGGAUGCAGUGCACAGUACUCACAAUUUCAGGCACAAGGUGUCGCUCUUUGCUUGAAAGAAAGAGUCCUCUCAUGGAUUGGUCUGGUCAGGCAUUCCUCCUAAAAAACGACUCCAUCAUGUUGGAUGCUACUAUGAAAGGAUCCUUCGAAACUUCUCAAAAACUCAGCGAGAUUUUAAACCUGAAUUGAAGUAUUUGGUACAGUAAGUGUAAGAAAAUCUUAUUUUGGAAGCCAACUUCGUAUGCAAUGUUAGGUUUUCAGCGAAGGAGUUUGGGUACUCUGCGACUACUGAUCUCGCUUCUGCUUCUGGCAGCCUGGGAGGCAGGGAGUGGCCAGCUCCACUAUUCCAUCCCGGAAGAGGCUAAACAUGGCACCUUUGUGGGCCGCAUCGCUCAGGACCUAGGGUUGGAACUGGAAGAGCUGGUGCCCCGUUUGUUCCGGGUGGAGUCCAAGGGCCGCGGGGACCUUCUGGAGGUAAAUCUGCAGAAUGGCAUUUUGUUUGUGAAUUCUCGGAUCGACCGGGAGGAGCUGUGCGGGCGGAGCGCGGAGUGUAGCAUCCACCUGGAGGUGAUCGUGGACAGACCGCUGCAGGUUUUCCAUGUGGAGGUGGAGGUGAAAGAUAUUAAUGACAACCCGCCAACGUUCUCUCUCAGAGAACAAAGCCUGCUGAUUUCUGAAUCUAAGCAGCCAGACUCGCGAUUUCCGCUAGAGGGAGCUUCUGAUGCGGAUAUAGGCGAGAAUGCUCUAUUGACCUACAGACUAAGUCAAAAUGAGUAUUUUACUUUAGAAUCACCAACGAAUAGUAAGCCGACUAAAAGACUAUCGCUUAUAUUAAAGAAGUCACUGGACAGAGAGAAAACUCGGAAGCUUAAUUUGCUACUGACUGCCACAGAUGGAGGGAAACCAGAACUCACAGGCACCCUUCAGCUCUUGGUCUCUAUCUUGGAUGUUAACGACAAUGAUCCGGAGUUUGAUCAAUUAGAAUACAAGGUGAGAAUGAUGGAAAACAUUGCUAAAGAAACUCUUGUGAUAAAGUUAAACGCCACCGAUCGAGAUGAAGGAGUAAACGGGGAAGUAACAUACUUCUUAAUGUCAAUUAAGCCCAAUGGAAAACUCUUAUUUACACUAGAUGAAAAUAAUGGAGAAGUGAGGGUCAAUGGAACUUUAGAUUAUGAAGAAAAUAAGUUUUAUGAAAUUGAAGUGCAGGCCACAGAUAAGGGUAAUCCCCAGAUGGCAGGUCACUGUACAGUCUGGGUAGAAAUUGUAGACACCAAUGAUAACGCUCCUGAAAUUACUGUGACUUCUCUGUCCCUCCCAGUACGUGAGGACACUCGGCCAACCACAGUCAUUGCGUUGAUAAGCGUAUCCGACGGCGACUCCGGUGUCAACGGCCAGGUGACCUGCUCUCUGACGCCGGAUGUUCCCUUCAAGAUUGUGUCCACUUUCAAAAACUAUUAUUCACUGGUGUUGGACAGUGAUCUGGACCGAGAAAAAGUGUCAGCAUAUAAUUUGGUCGUGACUGCACGAGACGGGGGCUCGCCUUCGCUGUGGACCACAGCCAUUGUGUCGGUGGAAGUGGCCGACGUGAACGACAAUGCACCUGCGUUCCCACAGUCUGAAUACACCAUAUUCGUGAAGGAGAACAAUCUGCCAGGCUCCCACAUCUUCACGGUAUCCGCUCGAGACGCGGACACGCAAGAAAAUGCGCUGGUAUCCUACUCUCUAGUAGAGCGGCGGGUGGGCGAGCGUGCGCUGUCGAGCUACGUGUCGGUGCACGCUGAGAGUGGCAAGGUAUAUGCACUGCAGCCCUUGGACCACGAAGAGCUUGAAUUGCUGCAGUUCCAAGUGAGCGCGCGCGACGCUGGUGUGCCGCCACUCGGUAGCAAUGUGACUCUGCAAGUGUUCGUGCUGGACGAGAACGACAACACGCCUGCGCUGCUGCCUACUCCUGUAGGUGGCACCGUGAACGUGAACGAGCUGGUAUCAAGGUCAGUGGGCGCCGGCCACGUGGUUGGUAAGGUGCGUGCAGUGGAUGCAGACUCCGGAUACAAUGCGUGGCUCUCCUACGAGCUAUUGCCAGCUGCAGGUGGCGCUCGCAGUCCAUUUCGCGUGGGGCUAUACACCGGUGAGAUCAGCACCACGCGUGCCCUGGACGAGACAGAUGCGCCACGUCAGCGCCUGUUGGUUCUGGUGAAGGACCACGGUGAACCGGUUUUGAUGGCCACCGCCACAGUGCUGGUAUCUCUGGUGGAGAGCGGUCAGGCGCCAAAGGCCGCCUCACCGAUGUUUGCCAGCUCUGCUGGCCAGGCAGAGUCGCUGGUGGAUGUCAACGUGUAUCUGAUCAUAGCCAUCUGCGCGGUGUCCAGCCUGUUGGUGCUCACGCUGCUACUGUACACAGCGCUGCGGUGCUCGGCUGGGCCCACCGAGAGUGCGUGUGGACCUGGGAAGCCCACGCUGGUGUGCUCCAGCGCGGUGGGGAGCUGGUCAUACUCGAAACAGAGGAGGCAGAGGGUGUGUUCUGGCGAGGACCCGCCCAAGACCGACCUAAUGGCCUUCAGCCCCAGUCUUCCACCAGGACUAGACAGAGAAGAUGAAAAAGGAAGGCAGGAGGCAGGAUCAAAUAACCCAAUACACCCACGACAGCCCAAUCCUGACUGGCGUUACUCUGCCUCCCUGAGAGCAGGCAUGCACAGCUCUGUGCACCUGGAGGAGGCUGGCAUUCUACGGGCUGGUCCAGGAGGGCCUGAUCAGCAGUGGCCAACGGUAUCCAGUGCAACACCAGAACCAGAGGCAGGAGAGGUGUCCCCUCCAGUCGGUGCUGGAGUCAACAGCAACAGCUGGACCUUUAAAUACGGACCCGGCAACCCGAAACAAUCCGGUCCCGGUGAGUUGCCAGACAAAUUCAUUAUCCCAGGAUCUCCUGCGAUCAUCUCCAUCCGGCAGGAGCCUACUAACAGCCAAAUUGAUAAAAGUGACUUCAUAACCUUCGGCAAAAAGGAGGAGACCAAGAAAAAGAAGAAAAAGAAGAAGGGCAACAAGACCCAGGAGAAAAAGGAGAAAGGGAACAGCACGACUGACAACAGUGACCAGUGAGGUCCUCAAAUGGAAACAAGCCACUUAGCCAGUUUUUGUAAUAAUGGCAAAUCUCUUCCCAUGUAGCAACUCCCUGCUCCCUUCUCCUAUCAACAUGAGCCCUCUUAGAGACCUCAGAAAUCUGCAGAAAGUUCCCCUGUAUAUGUUUAGACCAAAUUUAACAGGUUUUGUCUUAAAAGCUUUCCUAAGUCUGGUGUUAACUCUUUCUCUCCACUCUGGCUUGUUUUCAGAACCUAAAAAGCAGACCCAAGUUUCCUUUCUCCUCCGCCGCAAAGGAGAAGCAUCCCAGUCCCGCCAGUGAGAGGUUGGACUCUCUGCCCUGUGCUCCGGGGAUCCUGUCUUGAUGACACUUGCAGGGCAGGCUGAAUGAUUUUGAGAUUGAGCAGCUUGGGUGUUUGUGGCCACUGCAGAUAUUUCAGUGCCAGAUAUUGGCUGAGGUGGGUCAGAUUAGACUAUUUGCACAAAAAGGGCUGGGAAAUAAAGGCAAGUAAACAGUGGGAGUUAUCAGUCUGGAGGGGAAAUGUGAGACUGAAGAAACCAGACUUUCUAAAUUUUAUAACUCAAGAGGUAGUGGCCAACCUCUAGCAGACAAAACUUUCCCCCACUGACAAGGCUUUAGGAGUCCCUAAAGUCUGUUUGCUGUGGUGUCCUUGUACCUAAAACCUGCAUUAUACGUACAAGCAAACAGUUCAGUGUUUAACAGAGGGUCAACCCAGGGCAACAGAAGCAGAUCUGAUGUGUUUCCUGUAUAUGUCCUUGUGCUCACUUUAUUAAAAAUUCUUUUGCACACAAUGUUUAUGAAAAGGCCAGAUCCUUUUCCAAACACAUAUGCAAAAGCAAAAGAAAAAAAAGAAAACCCAACACCUCAUUUUAUGCUGUUUGUUAUUUGAUAGAUUUAUUUAAAAAAGAGAAAGUCUAUAACUGUAAAUCUUUAAAGAGAAAUAUGAUGAAUAUUUCCCCUAAACUCCCCUCGAAAGAGAAUUCAGUCUACAGCCAUUUAAAUGAUCAUUGCUGCUACAGAAGUGCUUUAAGAGAAUUGCCUGAAACAUCUGUAUUAUACCGGCCACCUGCCAAUCACAGCUUUACUCUUUCAGGUCACUCUGGGGCUGCCUCUUGCAUGUAUUAAUUACUAAAUAAAAGGAUCUUUCUUUCUCUUUUCUAAGAAAAAAUGAUGUGCACUUUGAAUACACAACCUUCUCUAACCAACUAUAUCAAGACCCAGAAAUUGAAGAAAAAUACUGUUUUCGCAUACAUACAGUGAGCAGACUUUUCAAUCCUCUAAUUCUGUGACUUGUCUUGGUGUGCUAGCCUACACCUUCUCUUUGGUUUAGUUAUCCUUUUCUAUAACACUCUGAAUUGCUAAUCUUACUAACACCUAUGAUGUUACCUGAAAUCAAUCUCCCAUAUGUAUGCUGUAUGCUAUUAUAAGACUCCUGAAAUAUACUUACUCUGUGCUUGUGUAUGUGAAUGUUAAUGCAACUAUUACCUAGAGUGAACUUUAAGCUUUAUUGUUGAAUGUAAUUCCAUUAUAUUUCCUUUUGUACACCUGUGAAAAAGUGGAGUAGUGUUUUUUUUUAACCAUUGUUAAUCCGCUUUUGUGUAUGAAAGACACAGUAAAAUUUCUUUCUUAAAUCAA